AUGGAGAUAUUUAAUGAAAUUAAAUCAAAGGAUGACCAAGAAAAGCAAAAGUUUGUACAUCGAAGUCUUGCCGAUGUCCAGCGAGCAAAAUUGGAGAAACUAAUGAAGAAUCCCGAUAAACCUGUAAUUAUACCUGAACUUGCAAGAAAAGACAAAGAGUAUAACGCACCAUCGUUUGUACGGAAUGUUAUGGGAUCAAGUGCAGGUGCUGGUAGUGGAGAAUUUCAUGUUUAUCGUCAUUUGAGACGCAAAGAAUAUGCUCGACAAAAACAUCUUAAAAUGGAAUGUGAAACUGAGAGACUAAAUGAAGAAUAUCAACAACGUUUAGAAGACAAUCAACGGAAAGCUGAAGACAAAACAAGUAAGAAACGAGCAAAACGUUUAAAGAAGAAAAUGAAGGGAAAAGGGAAAAAGAAAUUAAAAAUGAAUGAAAAUUCUAACGAGGUUUCUGAUAAAAGUGAAGAAUCAGAGGAAGAGAAAAGUGAUGAAGAAGGAUCAGACACCAAAACUGAACAAACAUCAGACACCAAGAAUGAUCAGAAUGGAGAAUCAACGACAGACACCACUCAACAAGAAACAAGCGACAAGGAGCACCAAGAAGAUGAUGACGGAGGAAAGUAA